AUGGAACCUGAAAGAAGAAAAACCAAGAAAUAUACUUUCAAGAGUUUAGAGGUGGAAGAAUUAAGAAAGCUAGGAUACUUGAUUGUUGAUCAAGACAAGUUUUGUAGCAAGUAUAGAAGAUUUUUGUAUCUCCUCAGAACUAAGAUGGAAGAAGGAAUCCUCUCCACUUUGAUUCAAUUCUAUGAUUCAUUGUAUCAUUGCUUCACAUUCCCUGAUUAUCAACUAUUGCCUACCUUGGAAGAGUAUUCAAGCAUCAUUAGGUUACCUAUUACUAGAAGAAUUCCUUUCACUGGUUUAGAACAACAUCCCAAGCCUUGUGAUAUUGCAAAAUCUACUCACUUGAGAAAGGGAGAAAUUGAAAAGAACAUGGUUACUAAAGGAGGAUUACCUAGAUUACCUGCUGAGUUCUUAGUUGAGAAAGCUCUCACCUUGUCACAAGAAAGAAAGGAAGAAGACUUUGAAGCUGUUUUUGCCUUGUUGGUGUAUGGAUUGUUCUUGUUCCCUAACAUUAACAACUUUAUUGAUAUGAAUGCCAUCAAGAUCUUUAUGAAGAAGAAUCCUGUUCCUACCUUACUUGGGGACAUGUACUAUUCUAUUCACCUCAGAAAUUCCUAUGGAAACGGAAUGGUUACUUGUUGUACUCCUUUGCUAUACAAGUGGUACAUAUCUCAUCUGCCUGACACCUCUGAGUUCUGGAGCAAGAAAGAAGGAUUGAAAUGGUCACACAAGAUCAUGACCCUUACCAACACUGAGAUUGUUUGGACAAACAAUCACUUUUGUAGAAUGAAGACCUUAGACUGCUGUGGUGAUUUCCCUAAUGUGCCCCUCAUUGGUACAAAAGGAGCAAUCAGCUAUAGCCCCGUGUUAACUCGUCGUCAAUUUGGGUUUCCUAUGGACAAAAGACCAAGGAGCAAUUUAUUGGAUGGAUUCUUUCUAGAAGAAAGAGUUGAGAACAAAGAGUUUAGAGAAAGGAUUGCUAAUGCUUGGCAUCCAAGCCAUAAAAGAGAAAUCAAAGAUUGGAAGACCAAAUGGGAUCUCUCUCCUAAGCCCUUUGAUAGUUGGGUCACUACCAGAGCUACUGAAAUGAGAAUGCCUAUUCUCCCUGGAACAUCUGCACCCCCAAUUGAAGAGUAUGUUCCACCCAUUGUAGUUCCUUCAACAAUUGAAAGUCUCCAAGAAGCUUUAAGAAAAAUGAAGAAAUCAAGAGACCAUUGGAAGAAGAAAUUUGAGUAUUCUGAUGCUGACUUAGGAAUGUCGAAAUAA